AUGAUUCGCCUCUCAUUGCUCACCCGCGGACAGCCUCUCAACCAGGCACGCUGCUCAAUCCCCACACCCUCCACCCGCCGCACAUUCACCCCAUCUCUCCUCAACAACAACAACAACAACAUCCGCUCAUUCUCGACUGCUUGGACCUUGCACAAUGCUUCGACAGAGACGGUUGCGGCUCCAGCAAAGCCCUUCAAGGUUGCUGUUAUUGGAAGUGGACCUGGAGGAUUCUAUGCCGCCCACAGGAUCUUGAAGCACGUCCCUCAGUCUUCAAUUGAUAUGUUUGAGGCCCUCCCUGUUCCUCAUGGUCUUGUUCGGUUUGGUGUCGCGCCUGAUCACCCUGAAGUCAAGAAUGUCAUGCACACAUUCGAUGAGGUCGCCGAGAACCCCAACUUUACGUUUAUCGGCAACACAAGCGUCGGUACCUAUGUCACCCCUGGAUCGAAGAAGGCAGAUCUGGAAAUCUCGGAUCUUCGCCCUCAUUAUGACGCUAUCCUAUUGGCCUAUGGAGCUCAUGAGGAUCGAUUGCUGGGCAUUCCCAACGAGCAGUCCUUGAAAGGUGUCAUGGCAGCGCGUUCAUUCGUCGGAUUCUAUAACGGCCUUCCUUGUGAGCAGGAUCUGGAGAUGGAUUUGAGCAAGGCAGAGACUGCAGUUGUCAUUGGACAGGGAAAUGUUGCGUUGGACGUUGCUAGGAUCUUGCUGACGCCUUUGGAGGAGCUCAAGAAGACUGAUUUGACGGAGAGGAUGAUCAAGAUUCUGGAAAAGAGCCGUGUCAAGCACGUCCAUAUCGUCGGUCGCCGUGGUCCCCUCGAGGUGGCAUUUACGGCCAAGGAGUUGAGAGAGAUGCUGCAGCUUCCCGACACAACCUUCCACAUGGACCAAGAAUUGCUCGCCUCAGAGAUGGAGCGCGCCGGCAAGACGCUGGAAAGACCUCGAAAGAGACUGAUGGGUCUGCUCGAAAAGGGAAUCAAGGAAUCAAAGCCCGACCAACCCAAAUCAUGGACCCUCCAAUUUCUGCGCAGCCCACUAGGUUUCUAUAACGACAGCGAUAACCAGUUGAAGGCGAUUGAGCUUGGAAUCAACCGAUUGGAGGGCGAGAACUCGAACAGGAAGGCGGUCGCGACGGGCGAAAAGGAGACCUUGGCCUGUGAUUUGGCGUUUAGGAGUAUUGGAUACAAGAGUGUAGGGAUUCAGGGGAUUCCUUUUGAUGAGCGGAAGGGUGUUGUGCCCAACAUGGACGGCAAGGUUGUGGAUGCGGAGCAAAAUAUUGUGCCCGGAUUUUAUGCAUCAGGAUGGUUGAAGCGUGGACCCAUUGGAGUCAUCGCCACCACAAUGGCCGACGCAUACCAGACUGCAGACACCAUCAUCUCGGACUGGACAUCUGGUAAAGCCAUGUUGAACAAUGAUACCUCGAGCAGGGAAGGUGGCAAGCCAGUGUUGAAGUUGUUGAAGUCCAAGGGUCACAAGGCGGUCUCCUACAAGGACUGGAAGAAGAUCGAGCAAAAGGAGUUUGAGUUGGGUGCCAAGGUUGGCAAGCCAAGAGAGAAGUUCUUGACAGUUGAGGAGAUGCUCAAGGUGGUGGAUUAA